AUGACAACACGACGCAACACUCUUGGAGUUUUCUUUUUCAUGACACUUUUGGGUUUUGGAUUAACAUCAAAAUAUGGACCAUGUAAAGUGAAAUGCAGAUCUCUAGGUCUUCGAAGAUGUUCAAAGAUAUGCAGAAUUGAAACAUGUGAUACCAUUGAUAUGACUUGUUGGAAGACCUGCUCAGCUUCUAUAAAUGGUCCAGAUGCUGCAGAUCACCUCCGUAGAUGUAUUCAACAGUGUAAAGUUGGGAAAACCUGCGAGGCAGCUUGUAACAAAACCGGCUUCACCAGAAUACUUAAACUAAAAGGUUAUCAAGAAGGUCCAGUUUUCACAAAGGAUGGGCAAUUUUACACUGUUUUGCCAUGGAUAGGUGAGAUCCAUAGAGUUGACUUGGAAAAUAAACAGUCUAGUGUAUUGGUUAUCCCAUCAGUAGAUGGGUUUAAAGGGCUUCCAGUAGGAUUACAAAAUGACCCUGAGAAGAAUAUUUGGCUUGCUGAUGGAAGACUUGGCUUAUUGAAAAUGAAGCAAGACGGGUCUUUUAAUCAAGUAGCAACUAAAGACAAUAAGAAUGAACCCAUGCAAGGAUGUAAUGACCUUAUAUUUGACUAUCAUGGCAAUCUGUGGAUUACUGCACCAUUUGGCCCCAUUGCACCAAAUAACUUAACGGAAUCAAGGACGGUUCCAUUUGGGAGUGUGUACUGCUAUAAUACGACAACUAAUGAAAUCAUUAAAGUUGCCACUGGAUUCCUAUAUCCCAAUGGUAUAGCUGUGCAACAUGAUAGCAAUGGGACUCCGAAGAAACUAGUUUUCGGGUCAUCAUUCAAUAUAAGUGCCCCUUUAUGGAGCUUUGAUAUAGUUGGCCCUUGUCAAAUUGAGAACAAGCAAGUUUGGGGAAAUCUACCUGCCAAUCAUGUUAUUGACGGAAUUGAUUUUGAUGAAAAUGGGAACCUAUUAGUCACAGAAUAUAGCUCUGGUAUACUAUACGUCUUUGACUCAAAUGGAGGUGCUCCGACUUGUCAAUUAAAGAUGCCAAUGGGGCACUCAACCAAUAUAGAGUUUAGGCCUAACUCAAAUGAGUUCUACAUUACUGGAGAUGCAUUAUUGAAACUACAAUGGAAAUACAAUGGAAUGAAGAAAUAUUGGGAGAUAGCUUGAAAUGUAAAAGUUUAUCAUAAUAACAAGCUUUAAGUUGAGCAAACAAGAGAGUUAUAGUUCCUUUAUUGUUUGAAAAG